AUGGCCAGGACUAUUACGUUUGAUAUACCCUCCUGCUAUCAAUUAGUGGAACUGGUAGGAGAAGGGGCAUACGGAACGGUAUGCUCAGCGGUCCAUAAGCCAUCGGGCACCAAAGUCGCUAUCAAAAAGAUUCAGCCGUUCAGUAAACCGAUGUUUGUCACUAGGACGUUACGAGAACUAAAGCUGCUAAAGCUCUUCCACAGUCAUGAAAAUAUUAUCAGUGUGCUCGACGUGGUACGUCCACUCUCGCUCACCAAGUUUCAAGCAGUGUACCUCGUACAGGAACUCAUGGAAACGGAUCUGCACAAGGUCAUCAACGGUGGAGGUACACCUCUCAGUGACGACCAUAUCCAAUAUUUCACUUAUCAGAUUCUGCGUGCAUUGAAGGCUAUCCAUAGCGCAGAGGUUAUUCACCGGGAUAUCAAACCUUCUAACCUGCUUUUGAAUUCUAACUGUGAUCUCAAAGUAUGUGAUUUCGGCCUAGCUCGCUGCUUAGCAAGCAGCUCCGACUCCCGCCAAAAUCUUGUUGGCUUCAUGACAGAAUACGUUGCUACACGCUGGUACCGCGCACCAGAGAUCAUGCUGACCUUCCAAGAAUACACUACAGCUAUGGACAUCUGGUCUUGCGGAUGCAUUCUCGCAGAAAUGAUCACAAGCAAGCCAUUAUUCCCCGGACGUGACUACCACCAUCAAUUGUGGCUCAUCCUUGAAGCAUUAGGCACGCCCUCUUACGAAGAUUUUGAAAACAUAAAUUCCAAGAGGGCUCGAGAAUAUAUAUCUAAUCUCCCGUUGCGCCAAAAGCUGCCCUGGCAAGUAGUACUCCAGACAUCAAAUGUGAACCCACUUGCUAUUGAUUUACUGGAUAAAAUGCUAACUUUUAACCCUGACAAACGCAUUAGUGCAGCCGAGGCCCUAAAACAUCCUUAUUUACGUGUUUACCACGAUCCUGAAGAUGAACCGGUAUACCCACCUUUAAAUUUAGAAGAUGAAUUUUGGAAAAUCGAUAACGAUCUCAAACAACCUUCGGACGAUGAUGAACCUUCAAUGGAUACUUUAAGGCAAAUGCUUUACGAAGAAGUUACAAAGCCUUUAAAUUGA